UACCGACGGGUCGGUUCCAGCGCGACACACACCGACCGCAGUUUGAUGUUCUGCGCUUUCUGUCUCCAACACGCUUAGCAUGGUUCGUUUGGACCAGGCGGCACCGUGGCGUACUAAAACGGGACUUGGAAAGUAACUUAUGCCGAAUGAAGCUUGUUCUGCGUCUGGAUUGACUCUGUGAACGGGAGGUUCGUCACUCGUGUUGGAAAUAACGAGCUGCAAAGCAAAACUAUAACUUUUGGUUUAUCGGAAAGACGCAUGAAUGCGUAAAUGUGACUAAGCGACAAAUACGCUGGGCGCAGUUGCAGUUCUUCAACUAAACGUGCUUGCGCGCAGGAUUGGGAAUAUACUCGUUGAUAAAACAUUUGUUGAAUGAAACGCCGGUAACUGCAGGAGAGUACAGGCACUGGAUGUAACAUAAAAAGUCAACGAGUUAUCGCUGAGAAAACAAACCCCUUGCAACGGAGUGCGUACAGCUGGUCUUGCUCAAAGUUUUCGCAUUUUAAAAUCUUUACCAACUCGGACCUAAAAGGGAGCUCAGAAAUAUUACUGUCAUACACAUUAAUGUGCCAUAUGGCUGAAGCAUCAGUAUUUAAUUGAGUCGCACAACACCUCGCUUAAUCGCGCAAAGGCGCAGGACGCACCAGAAACCACAAACGCUCCAGAAAGUUACGCACUGUCCAACGCGCACAACUGUGGAGCAACAUGUACCCGGCGUGCCGGACAAACCUGUUCAAUAUCUCUCCAUCUGCUCUCCUGGCAAUGUUUGGGAAUUCGGGAAAACCGAGGAGGAGACCUUGUUGGAUUGUUAUGUUGCUGUCGGUGGUCCUUCAGGUGGCAUCAGCGCAAGAUGAUGUUCCACCUUACUUCAAAACAGAGCCGGUACCGAGUCAGUUGCACCUGGAGAGGAAUCGGUUAGUGUUGACGUGUAUGGCUGAGGGGAGUUGGCCUUUGGAGUUCAAAUGGAUCCACAACGACACCGAAAUCACGCGGUUCUCAUUGGAAUACAGGUAUCUGAUACCGUCUUUGGACAGAUCGCACGCUGGCUUCUAUCGGUGUAUCGUGAGAAACCGAGUCGGAGCGUUGUUGCAGAGGCGAACCGAAGUGCAAGUGGCAUAUAUGGGAAGUUUUGACGAAGGUGAACGGACCCAAGCCGUAUCCCAGGGAGAAGGAGCUGUUAUCCCAGCCCCGCGUAUACGCUGUUUCCCUCAACCACAGGUGACGUGGUUCAGAGAUGGACGCAAAAUCCCUCCAAGCAGUCGAAUAGCCAUCACUCUGGACAACACGCUGGUUAUCCUGUCCACCGUGGCCCCAGAUGCCGGGAGAUACUACGUACAAGCCGUCAACGAUAAGAACGGGGAAAACAAGACAGGCCAGCCCAUAACGCUUUCUGUGGAAAAUGUCGGUGGUCCUGCAGACCCCAUCGCUCCCACUAUUGUCAUCCCACCGAGAAACACCAGCGUCAUUUCUGGAACGUCCGAAGUCACGAUGGAGUGUGUAGCCAAUGCCAGGCCUUUAAUAAAACUGAGCAUCAGUUGGAAGAAAGACGGUGUUCCAGUGAGGAGCGGGCUCAGUGAUUUUAACCGCAGACUAACCGUUUUGAGUCCGGUUGUCAGCGACUCUGGAUUCUAUGAGUGUGAGGCUGUUCUCCGCAGCAGCAGCGUCCCCUCUGUCAGCGCUGGAGCUUACCUGAAUGUGCUCGAACCACCUCAGUUUGUGAAGGAACCAGAGAAACACAUCACAGCAGAGAUGGAGAAAGUUGUGGACAUACCCUGCCAGGCCAGAGGUGUCCCUCAGCCUGACAUUGUAUGGUAUAAAGACGCCAUACCCAUAAGCCCCGUGAAGACCCCUCGAUACAGAGUUCUGGCGGGUGGCAGUCUGCAGGUUAAUGGCCUCCUGCCUGAUGACACUGGAAUGUUCCAAUGCUUCGCCCGCAACCAGGCCGGAGAGGUCCAGACCAACACCUACCUCGCUGUUACGAGUAUCGCCCCGAACAUCACUGCCGGCCCUUCAGACAGCACGGUGAUAGACGGCAUGUCAGUUAUCCUGCACUGCGAGACCUCAGGAGCUCCCCGCCCUGCCAUCACCUGGCAGAAAGGAGAGCGUGUGCUGGCGAGCGGCUCGGUUCAACUACCGCGGUUCACUCUCCUGGAGUCAGGAAGUUUACUCAUAAGCCCCUCCCACAUCUCAGACGCCGGAACCUACACCUGCAUGGCCAGCAACUCCCGCGGCAUAGACGAAGCCUCGGCUGACCUCGUGGUCUGGGCACGUACCCGCAUCACAAAUCCUCCCCAGGACCAGAGUGUGAUCAAGGGAACGAAAGCCACCAUGACCUGCGGCGUGACACAUGACCCUAGCGUUUCAGUCAGGUUUGUUUGGGAGAAAGACGGUCAGGUUAUCAUCCCUCAGUCUCUACCUCGACUGCGUCUGGACAAUAACGGGACCCUGCACAUCUCUCAGACCUGGUCAGGUGACAUCGGCACGUACACUUGCAGAGUGACAUCAGUGGGCGGCAACGACUCCCGCAACGCUCACCUACGUGUGAGGCAGCUGCCUCAUGCCCCUGAGAACCCCACAGCGGUGUUGAGCACUACAGAGAAGAGAGCCAUUAACCUGACGUGGGCCAAACCCUUCGACGGGAACAGCCCUCUCAUCCGCUACAUUCUGGAAGUGUCUGAAAACAAUGCUCCAUGGACUGUCCUAUUGGCCAACAUCGAACCCGAGUCCACAGUGGUGACCGUAAACGGACUGAUCCCGGCACGCUCGUAUCAGUUCCGCCUGUGUGCUGUCAAUGAUGUCGGCAAGGGCCAGUUCAGCAAGGAGACUGACCGGGUCUCUCUUCCGGAGGAGCCGCCCAGCGCACCCCCUCAGAACGUCAUAGCCAGCGGUCGCACCAACCAGUCCAUCAUGAUUCAAUGGCAGCCUCCACCAGAAAGCCAUCAGAACGGCAUCCUGAGAGGAUACGUCAUCCGGUAUCGGCUGACCGGUCUUCCCGUGGAUAUUCAGUAUAAAAAUCUCUCUAACCCUGAAGUUACAAACCUGCUUUUGGAGGAUCUCAUCAUCUGGACUAACUAUGAGAUCGAGGUGGCUGCUUAUAAUGGAGCUGGGCUGGGCGUUUACUGCCAUAAGGUUACAGAGUGGACUCUACAGGGAGUUCCCACCAUCGCUCCAGGCAGUGUGAAGGCAGAGCCCGUCAACUCCACCACAAUCCGGUUCACCUGGACAGCCCCGAACCCGCAGUUCAUCAACGGUAUCAACCAGGGCUACAAGCUGUUGGCAUGGGAGCCUGGAAAGGAGGAUGAAAUGAAGAUAGUGACGGUCCGGCCGAACUUCCAGGACACGGUGCACGUGGGCCACGUCACAGGCUUGAAGAAAUUCUCUGACUAUUACACCUCCGUUCUCUGCUUCACUACACCGGGAGAUGGUCCCCGCAGUCCUCCACGACGUGUGCGCACACAUGAAGACACCCCUGGUGCUGUGGGUCACCUGAGCUUCACUGAAAUUCUGGACACGUCUCUUAAAGUCAGCUGGAGAGACCCGAAUGAAAAGAACGGAGUUCUGACUGGUUAUCGUAUAUCGUGGGAAGAGUAUAACCGCACUAAUACACGGGUCACGCACUACUUGCCUAAUGUUACUCUGGAAUACAGAGUAACUGGACUGACAGCCCUCACCACCUACACCAUAGAAGUGGCCGGAAUGACCUCCAAGGGUCAAGGUCAGCUGUCCUCUUCAACCAUCUCCUCGGGCGUACCGCCAGAGCUUCCCGGCCCUCCCACAAACCUGGCCAUCUCAAACAUCGGCCCUCGAACUGUAACCCUCCAAUUUAAGCCGGGCUAUGACGGCAAGACCUCAAUUUCUCGCUGGCAGGUGGAGGCCCAGGUCGGUGUUGUAGGAGAGAAUGAAGAUUGGCUGAUGGUCCAUCAGAGGUCUAAUGAGCCUGACGCACGAUCUCUGGAGGUCUCCGGCCUCAACCCCUAUACAUUCUAUAGGUUUCGUAUGCGUCAGGUCAACAUAGUGGGCACCAGUCCACCCAGCCAACCUUCCAGAAAGAUCCAAACCCUGCAAGCUCCUCCUGAUAUGGCCCCGGCCAACGUCACCCUGCGAACAGCCAGCGAGACAAGCCUUUGGCUCAGAUGGGUGCCUCUUCCUGAGUGGGAGUACAACGGGAACCCUGAUUCGGUGGGUUACCGUGUGCAGUACAGCAGGACUGGAGCUCCGUCUAAAGCGUUGCUGCAUGUUAUAGCCGACCGUUUGGAGAGAGAGUUCACCAUCGAAGACCUGGAGGAGUGGACCGAGUAUGAGGUCAGAGUUCAGGCCAUCAAUGGCAUCGGAGCAGGACCCUGGAGUCAGCCCGUGCGCGGAAGAACCCGUGAAUCUGUCCCUUCCUGUGGCCCCACCAAUGUCUCCGCGUUUGCCACCACCUCCAGCAGCAUCCUGGUUCGCUGGUUUGAAGUUCCAGAACCUGACCGGAAUGGACUCAUCCUGGGCUAUAAGGUUGUGUAUAAAGAGAAGGACUCUGAUUCUCCUCUUCAGUUCUGGAUGGUUGAAGGAAACGGCAGUCAUAGUGUCCAGCUGACCGCACUGGGGAAGUACGUUCUGUAUGAGAUCCAGGUUCUCGCCUUCACUCGUAUCGGAGAUGGCCGGCCUAGCUCGCCUACGAUCCUGGAGCGCACCCUGGAUGAUGUUCCCGGGUCGCCCGUCGUCAUUCUUUUUCCUGAAGUGAGGACCACUUCGGUGCGACUGAUCUGGCAGCCCCCCUCUCAACCCAAUGGCAUCAUUCUGGCCUAUCAGAUCACGUACCGCCUGAACUCCACCAAUAGCAACACGGCCACGUUUGACGUGCUGAACUCCAGCGCACGGCAGUAUACGGUGACAGGACUGAGGCCGGAAUCCGUCUACGUGUUUCGCAUAAGAGCGCAGACACGCAAGGGCUGGGGGGAGGCGGCGGAGGCUUUGGUGGUCACCACAGUGAAGAGAGCACGACCCCAACCCACCAGCCGUCCUACAGUGCCUCAGGAGAACGUACAGGCGCGCAGCGUGCUGCUGGUAUGGGAACCAGGCAGUGACGGUUUAUCACCCGUGCGCUACUACACAGUUCAGGUCAGAGAGCUACCUCAGAAGAACUGGACGGUCCAUUCUGCAUCUGUCAGCCAUGAGUCCAGUUCCUACAUCGUGGACAGACUGAAGCCGUUUACUUCAUAUCAAUUCAGGGUAAAAGCUACAAAUGACAUUGGAGACAGUGACUACAGUGAUGAGAGUGAAGCCAUCACUACGUUGCAGGAUGCACCAGAUGAAGCUCCUUCUAUCCUCUCGGUCACGCCACAUACGACAACCUCAGUUCUGAUUUGCUGGCAGCCCCCACCUGAAGAGAAGAUUAACGGGAUUUUGCUGGGCUUCCGUAUCCGGUACCGGGAGCUUCUCUAUGACCGGCUCCGGAGUUUCAGUGUCCACCCCAUCAGCAGUGCUUCGGCCGGAUGGGGAGAGCUCACCUCUCCGUACAGCAUGCGAAACAUCAGUGUUUCAUCUCUCGCUCAGUAUGAGCUGGACAAUCUAAUGAAACACAAGCGCUAUGAAAUCAGAAUGAGCGUUUACAACGCUGUGGGUGAAGGUCCAACCAGUUCACCGCAGGAAGUCUUUGUGGGUGAAGCAGUUCCAACUGCUCCGCCUCAGAAUGUUGUCAUCCAAUCAGCUACAGCAACACAAUUUGAUGUGACGUGGGACCCGCCUCCGCUGGAGACCCAGAACGGAGAUAUUCAGGGUUAUAAGAUCUUCUUUUGGGAAUAUAAACGUAAAAACGAGACGGAGAAACUCCGCACUCUCUUCCUGCCCGAGGGAAUCGUGAAGCUCAAGAAUCUGACGGGCUACACCACUUACAUGAUCAGCAUUGCUGCUUUCAAUGCAGCUGGGGACGGCCCUCGCAGCCCCCCCACCAGAGCACGAACGCAACAAGCUGCUCCCAGUGCACCCAGUUUCAUCCAUUUCAGCGAGCUCACCACCACCUCCGUCAACGUCUCCUGGGGCGAGCCGGUUUUUCCCAACGGCAUCAUCGACGGCUACAGACUCAUCUACGAGCCCUGCAUGGCUGUCGAUGAGUCCUCAGUGGCCUGUGUCGACUGUCUUCACUCCCCCUCCCCCCCAGGCGUCAGUAAGAUCGUGACGGUGGACGUGAAGGGAAACGCCCCCUUGUGGCUGAAAAUCAAAGACCUGGCUGACGGCGUCACGUACAACUACCGCAUACGCGCCAAAACCUUCACCUACGGCCCAGAAGUGGAGGCCAACAUCACAACGGGACCUGGAGAAGGAGCCCCAGGCCCUCCCGGUGAACCCUUCAUCUCUCGAUAUGGCUCCGCCCUCACCAUCCACUGGGCCAAUGGGGAUCCUGGAAGGGCACCCAUCACACGCUACGUCAUAGAGGCCAGACCCUCAGAUGAAGGCUUAUGGGACAUCUUAAUCAAGGACAUUCCCAAGGAGGUGACGUCAUACACCUUCAACAUGGAUAUCUUGAAACAGGGAAUCAGCUAUGACUUCCGGGUCAUCGGGGUGAACGACUAUGGGUACGGCUCUCCCAGUCAACCCUCCCCAUCCAUUUCAGCUCAAAAGGUGGCUCCAUUCUAUGAGGAAUGGUGGUUUCUGGUGGUGGUGGCUCUGGUGGGGCUUAUAUUCAUCCUGCUUCUAGUUUUCAUUCUCAUCAUCAGAGGCCAAAGCAAGAAAUAUGCCAAAAAAUCGGACUCAGGCAACAACUCAAACUGUAACGCACUAACACAUGGUGAGAUGGUCAGCCUGGACGAGAGCCGCUUCCCUGCCCUGGAACUCAACAAUCGACGGCUGUCCGUCAAAAAUUCCUUCUGUCGCAAAAAUGGUGUCUAUACUAGGUCUCCUCCUCGGCCCAGUCCAGGUAGCCUUCACUACUCCGACGAGGACGUCAGCACCAAAUACAACGACCUGAUCCCAGCGGAGAGCAGCAGUCUCACAGAGAAACCCUCAGAGAUCUCCGAUUCACAGGGAAGCGACAGCGAGUACGAGGUGGACCCCAACCGACAGAAGACCCAUUCAUUCGUCAACCACUACAUCAGCGAUCCCACCUACUACAACUCCUGGCGUAGGCAGCAGAAGGGAAUCUCUCGAGCGCAUGCCUACAACUACACCGAGUCUGAGUCCGGAGAGCCCGAACAGCACAGCGCCCCUCCACCUCCUCUGCCCCCGCUGCCCCCGUUCCCCCCGCAGCUCAGCUCCCCCACCCCUCAGAGCCAGCCUCAGACUGGCAGUCUCUUUAGACCCAAAGGCAGCCGGACUCCCACACUCCCAGCAGAGCUCCAACCUGCCCAGCCAGCAUGGCACGCUUUAUCGGCCCCCCAGCAGCUUGGCCCCAGAAUCUCGGGCACCCAUCGCCGGCUUCUCCUCUUUUGUGUGAUGGAAUCAAAGUAUCGGUACGACGAAGUGACAAAGGCAGGAAGAUCUCUCACUUUCCCAAAGUCUGGCCAAUAUCACGUCUACAGAAGAACGACGACAAAAGUCAGCCAUCGAUUUUUGUGCUUUAUUUGGCAUUGCAAGCUGUUUUUUUUUACUCUUUCUUUGUGCUGUGACAUGCAGACAACAGUAUCGUUUUGUUUUAGUUUCUUGCUUGGUUUUGACAGAUGAUGACAGACAAUCAUUUCAGAUGUUUAUUAUUUGCUUUUUUGGUGCUGCUUGAGCAAACUGCAUGACUUGGUUUGUUUCUUUCGGUUUGCCUUUGUUAAUACUUCUUUUGUUUUGUUGCAUUAUAUACAACACCAUCAAAAAAGUUGCUGGACAAAAGCACCAACACAUGCAGAAUAAAUGAGAAACAAUAAGGCCUGUCUAAGGGAGAAAGUCAGGACUGCCAGUGGUGUUUAAUGUCAAUGGAGUGCUUUGAGACUUUAACUGUGGUGUUUAUGUGCUCGGACAUGUGACAAAGUACUGCAGCGAUUACAAAGUUCAUUCUGAUGUAGCGACAUCAAGACGGCGGUGCGAUAAAGGCCUGUUUGCACUUAGCACAUGCGUGAGUUGUUGGAGGGCCACAUCAUUGAUGUCACAGGUCGAUUUUCACCAGUGGUCUGAAAAAGGCCAAAGGCCACAUUAAGUGCUUCACGCUUAUCUGUGUUUUGAAUGUUUCUCUUUUCCGCAGGUGAAAUGUAGGUUGUGUUUGAGAUUGCGAGCACGAGUAUAUUUUCCGAACGAAGCUGUUAGAUCAAAGGCCAAAUAUGAUUGUCUCAUUCACUAUUAUUACUCUGAAUGAAGCGUUCAGAGUCAUCAGUGUUUGCAGUAGGUGUGUGUGAAGAGGGCUGGGUCAUUUGUUGCUCCUUUUGAUUUGACUCUAUGAUGUCAUCCUGAGCUUCAGGUUGUUCUUUCCUGUACGAACUGCAACAUCGGACACAGACUUCGAAAGACACCACUGAAUAGUGAAUACACAAGAGCUUCAUCUUGGCAGAACCGGAAGAUUUUUCUCUCACGUACCGCACCCUGCCAAUAAUGUCACCUUCCUGACAUUAUCACAUGGAUUCUGUGAUGAUCCGGCAAGAUGUGAUGCCAUAAGCCGAUAACGUUUCAGAGAUUACGCAACUAAGCAUACGUACUGUACCUACUGUACCCGCACUUUGGAUGACAUGGAUUAUUCACGACUUUGCUUUGACGUAUUCAAAGUUACAGAAGAAAAUGGACUAAGGGACCCAACAUGAAGCCAGCAGUGAACUAAAUGGCACUUGCACAGCUUAUUUUUGUGGUUUAAUGAUGUCGUUUGCUUCUUUUCUGUGAAGUGAUUUUACUGUAUGUAUAAACAAGGUCGAUCACACGCUCAGUCUGCCUGAACACGGUAUAUUCCCAAAUAAAUGGUUUUCUGCAAAAGUUA